GACUUCACUUCCCUCCCCUUCUCAGAGUCCUGACAUUUCAAGCCUGCAUGCCACGCCACUGAAACUAGCAUGACCUUCCUAACAUGGAAACAUUGAAAACUGGAAGCUGUAGGAUAAAGAUACAAGCACAAAAACAAUAUUCCUGAGCCUCACUGGCUCCAUUUCCUUAGAUACUGAGGAGCCAAAGAGCAGAGGGACAGUCUGGACAAGAGGAAAAGAGGAGGAGUGAAAAAACAGCAGAGGGAGACUGUAGGGAAAAAAAUGACAACAGGAAACCAACUAAUUCUGAUGCUGUUUCUGCAAAUCCUGAGAUAAAUCACUUAAGCGGACCGGCAUUCCCAUUUAACACUUCAAAAAUCUAAUUGGAAUGGGAUUUUCCCUUACGUUUCCGUAAGAUUAAUUGGAAAUGUUCAAAGCACCACCAAAGCAGACAGAAAAGUGACGUCAACCUUACUCUUGUUGCAAGGUCUUUUCAGUCUCCACACUUAGUGUGGUUGGUCAAGAUGUGAGCGGGUGAAUCCUUUUUUUGGGGGGUUUGUGUGGUUUUUACUUUUGGGCUACAUUUCACCCCUUUCCCAGGGUUGGUUGGAUCAAUGAUUGUGUAUUUGAGGAUUUGUUUGUUCUGAACUCCUGGACUACUUACUGGAACCAGAUGAAGAAUAAAGGAGCCAAGCAGAGGUCCAAAAAGAAAGGAAGUGACAAUGCAUUCGGCUGUGACUUGACAGAACAUCUACAGAUUUCAGGACAAGAUGUUCCCCAAGUUUUAAAAACAUGUGCAGAAUUCAUUGAGAAACAUGGUGUUGUCGACGGCAUAUACAGACUCUCAGGCAUCACUUCCAAUAUCCAGCGACUCAGACAGGAAUUCUGCUCUGAGUCAUGCCCUGACCUUACAAAGGAAAUGUACCUCCAGGACAUCCACUGCGUGGGCUCCUUAUGCAAGCUGUACUUCAGGGAGCUGCCCAAUCCUCUACUCACUUACGAGCUUUACAAGAAAUUCACUGAAGCUGCCUCAGUUCAGGAGGAUCAGGCGAGACUACAGCACAUCCAGGGUGUCAUCAGGGAGCUCCCCCUCCCCCACUUCAGAACUCUGGAAUAUCUUACCAAGCAUUUGGCUCACUUGGCCACCUUAAGCCCCAAGACUAACAUGCACACCCGCAACCUGGCUUUGGUAUGGGCGCCCAAUCUACUGCGGUCUAAAGAUAUUGAGGUUGCGUCGUGCAAUGGGGACAUGGCUUUCCAGGAGGUGCGAGUACAGCAGUCGGUGGUUGAGUUCAUUUUAAAUCACACUGAGCAGAUCUUCAACCAUGCAGCUGCACCAAUAAAACCUAAAGAAGGACCUAGUUUGAUGUGUGGAGAGAAGUAUGCCACUCUGCCUAUCAGUUGUCAGGGGGGUCCAAUGAAGCUGAUGAGUCUUGAAGAGGCCCAGGCCCGCUCCCUGAGCCCCAACCACCCAGCACGCAUAGAGCGACAACGGGAGAACAGUCUACCUGAUACCAGCACUGCCACACUGUACCAUACUGUCAUAGACAUAACGGAUAGCAAAAGAAAGUUUUCUGGGAAAUCAAAGAAGUGGAAAUCCAUCUUCAACUUGGGCAAGUCUGUGACUGACUCUAAGGGGAAACUAAGCCGAAAUGGUAGCGUGUUUAUGAGAGCACAGAACAUCACAGAAAAGGCAGCUAUCCGACCAGCUAGAAGCAUGGACUCUUUGUGCUCUCAGCCAACAGACGAUGACAAGGCAGGAAAUUUCAACUCAGCAGGCGGUGCCAAUGGUUUAUUUGCACCAAGUAAAAAAUCCAGGACACUGGGCUCUGACUCCCUUCAUGACCUCAGUGAACAGGACCACAGGUUGGAGUUUGAGAUGAAGAAAUCGAAUGAGGCCACCGGCGGCAGCAGCCCUAACAUGAAGAGAAGGGUCUCACCAAGUGUCACACCACCUCAGCAGAACCUACCGGAACAGCUGAAGGUUUUCAAAGGCGAUGACCUCAGCAACUGCCAGCCCACCUCCCCUAAGAACAGGAGGAUGCUGUAUUCUGGCUCCACCCACAGUAGCACAUCCAGGCCCUCCUUCCCAGGAAGCCUGUUCCCAGAGUCCUCCCCCAGGCACCAACGCAAGGCUCUCAACAUAUCAGAGCCGUUCGCUGUGUCCGUUCCCCUGAGGGUGUCUGCAGUCAUCAGCUCCAACAGCACCCCCUGCAGGGCACCAGGCAAAGAGCGGCCUGCUGCAGCUGCUCUGAAGCCCAGCAAAGAGACCCCCCAGUCCGAGCAGAGCAGCUCCAGUUACAAGGAGUGCCCCCUUGGUGAGGGCAGUGUGGGGAGUGACAGCGUCUACAGCAACAGCAGGCCCACUAUUCUGGAAAAGGAGGACCGGUCAUCAGAGGAGAGGAGCAAAGAGGAGGCAGUUUCUAAAAGGGUGCCAGAAGGAAGUAACAGGGAGAUUCAAGAGAAAGUGGAAUUAUCUGACUUGAGACAGUUUUCCUCUCCCAACACAAGAGAAGAAGACAUAGAGAAACAACAACCCACUGGGAAACAACUGGACAAACACCUGGCAUCUCAGCAUGAACCAAAAGAACUGUCACAACUGGAUGUGGGACCUCUAACCAUUGAGGAAGAGCUGUGGUCCGAUCUUCAUCUUGAGCUGAAAAUAACGGAGCCCGAUAUUGACAUUCCGGAUGAGGAAUUCAUGCCUGUUUUUUGUUCAACCAAAAACACUUGUGAGGAUGUUAAGGCAAAGCCAGAUGCUCCAGGAAGGAGGAGAAGCAGUCUUCCAACUCGCUCCGUGUUGUAUAAAGGUCAGCCUUUGAUGCCUGUGAAGCCUUCAUUGACUGAACACCGUGCUCCUACCACAGCACAUCCAGCCAGAAAAAACUCAGACACGCUGUUUCCAUUUGAUGAAAUGUUAAAAGUCAAGGUUGGCAACGUUUUGAGAAAUACAUCCCAGUAUUCUGAUGAUUUAACAGAAAACAAGCAAACUUCACUAAAACCUAACCUCACAGAAACUGAAAAACCCAUCAGUAUUAAUCCCCGGCCUGUGGCUUCUCAACUCGUAGAGCCAAGUUUACAUUCCCCUCAACGAGGCCAGGCCAUAAAAAGUUUGCAGCCAGGAGACGUCGUAACAGACGGAAGCAUGUCUAUGGCAGAGAAAGACAAAGAGUUGUCAAGGAAAGGUAAAAGUCAAGAUGUGGUCAAAGGGGUUUCUCAUGAUUUUGGUAAGAACGCUUUGUCAGUUGUCAUGGGCGGGAUUGAAAGGCUUUCAAUAUGUUUGGAAGAAAGACCCCACGCCCUGGGGCUGCUACACCAGGAGGAGGAGGAAGGAUGUGGAGCACACUCUGAGUUGGAGGACUUGGAGGAAGAACCAUGGGAGGAGGUGUUCAGUUUAACCAAACAGUGGGUAACCAGUCCUCUCCACUCGCCCACUAUUAAGGACUUGUUUGGAAAAACUGUGACAUCGUCUUGUUCUGUGGAAGGUUCGAGCUCCCAAAACAUAAACAUUCCUUCUCUACUUAGAGAAGACAAACCAACAAACGUAUCUUAUCCCACAACAGGCAAAGAAGUGCUCCCAGGAAACAGCUCUCAAGCAUGCAGCGACAAAACAGAGACCAAAAUCACACAACUGCUUCCUGUACCCUCCAAGACCAGCCUGGUCAGUGAUGAUGUAACAAGACCCCUCAGAGGAAACAGCUGCACAGCCAAACAGAAAAACAACCCCUCUCAGAAAUUGCAUAGGCAGGUGUCAUAUGAAUCGUCUCAUUCUGAAAAAACAGAACAGAACAGCUUUUUCAAACACAGGCCCUACUCGCUCAAUUUGGACAUUGGACACCGUUGUAUCCGAGACAUUUCCAAUCAGCAAAACCUUGACUCCACUGAGUUUGCCUCCAUUCAGAGAGAGGUAGUGACCCCAUCUGGGUUAAUAUCCAACGGCCUGUCCCAGGAACUGGAACUGUUCCUGAGUGACCGACAGGCCCCGAUGCGCCGGAACUCAGCGCCCGUCAGUGUCUCAUCCGUCAGAACGGCCUUUAUGAUAAAGACGUGCCAGGCCAAAGCUGUGCCCGUCAUCCCCCCCAAGGUGCAGUACAGCCACAUACCUCAUCCCAGGCAGGAAAAGGGCUCAGAUGCAGGAAAAGGACCAGAGAAAGAACUGACCAAAACCAAGGGCGAAAAAGCUGAUAGUGUACCUCUUCUUACAACUUUCAGGGAUCGAAAGGAGGAGUUGGAGAAUAAGGAGCCCGCCUCCAAAUCCCAGAUAAGGCAGGCUAUUGCAGAAAAAGCUACAGACACUAAUAAAACCACACCUACUUCAGACGCACCGGUGCUGAGGAGAAAACGCUCCUCCAAUGCUGAGGCAUUUGCUGAUGGUCCAAGACCUGAACGAUCUGUUCUGCAGAGACCGUCCUUUAGGAACCGGCAGAGACCACAGAGUCUCAUCUUGUUCAGUCCGCCCUUCCCCAUUAUGGAUUACCCUCCGUUAGGUGAUGAUGGCAAGCUCCUCCUUUCGCCCAUCAGAAGUCCAACUGAAACGUCAACGCUCAAUGUCUUUUCCAAAGAUAUGGCAGAGAAUCUCCGGACCCCUGAGGGGGUGACCCUGCGGAGUAAAAUGACAAUACCGAAGAGUGGACAGCGGCUAGAGACAUCGACCAGCUGUUUUUAUCAGCCUCAGAGGAGGUCCAUGAUAUUUGACAGCAGGAGUCACAGGCAGAUUGAGUGAGACACUGGACAGUAACUCUUCAUGUGCAUUCCGUUCAGACUUUCCCCUCAGACCUCAAACUCUGGUUAUAUUUCAGUUCAGCCUCCCUGAUGUUACUGUUAGCAAUGUUAGGUUUAUAAUUCUACCUUUGAUAUGAGACUAUAUUGGGAAAUGAACAGUUUUCUGUUUUCAGUCCUCCAAUCACCAUUCUAUCCUGCACUAAAAAAAGUAUUCUAGUGGCAAGUGAAUAUGUGUUUAUAUUUAUAAGCCCAAAUAUAUGCAGUAAUUAUCAAUGUCAAUUUUUUUUUUAUUAUUCAAAUGUUAACAUAUUUCUAAUGUGCAUAUGAAGGACAAACAGCCAAAGAGGAAGAAACGUUAUAUGAAUUUUACUAUUGGCUUUUUUUUUAAAGCCAUGUAGUUUAAUAAUUUGUAUCUCGUCACUGGUAAUCACAAGAUUUGCCUUUUGCCAAACAGAGUUUUACCUUCAGUACUAGCUGCUUUAUUUUUAUUUAUGUCUUACACAUUUCUGUGAACUGCUUAAUGACUUUAUACACCAUGAACCCACUGAUGUCCAACUAUUGUCACUGUGAUCAGCUUUUGUCCAGACAUAGACAGGACAAAAUUAAAAAGAGAGAGAACUGGAGAAAA